AUGGCAAAAUUAGAUCCCAUCAAGUACAUCUUUGAAAAACCUUCAUUGUCGAAAAGAAUAGCAAGAUGGCAAGUAUUACUUUCUGAAUAUGACAUUGUAUAUGUAUCUCAAAAGGUAAUCAAAGGAAGUGCUAUUGCUGAAUUUCUUACAGAACUCGCUCAUGAAGAUUAUGUGCCUAUGACAUUUGAUUUUUCAGAUGAAGACUUAAUGUCUGUAUUGCACAUCGAUAAAGAAGAGCAUAAUGAAGAUAUAUGGAAGACAUAUUUUGAUGGUGCAUUAAAUGCUUUAGGGCAUGGUAUUGGAGUAGUUUUGAUAUCUCCAGAAGGAGAUUACUACCCAAUCACUAUGAAACUAAAAUUUGAUUGCACUAAUAAUAUGACAGAAUAUGAAACAUGUGUUCUGGUUCUUCAAGCUGCUCUUGAAAAAAAGGCUUAUACUUUAAAAGUUUAUAAAGACUCUACCUUGGUCAUAUACCAAUUGUAA